CAAGCCGAGCCGAGCCGAGCGGAGCCGAGCCGAGCUGAGCCGAGCCGAGCCAAGCCGAGCCGAGCCGAGCGGAGCCGAGCCGAGCUGAGCCGAGCCGAGCCAAGCGCGGCCAGCGCCGCCCCUCCCGUCCCGUCCCCUCCCCGCCGGCUGACAGGCAGAUAUGGUCCUGAACGCCGUGAGCACAUGACUUCAGAGAUGGACAACCAGAUCUGUUGCAAGUUGUGAUUGGCCUUAAGUUGACUUAUCACCAUUGAAGAGCUUAACGGGAAUUCUCUCAUUCCUGAUUUUUGCCUAUCUGAUUGCCUCACACCACAUAACCAUGUAUGGAAGUGCUCGUUCCGUGGGCAAGGUGGAGCCCAGCACGCAGAGCCCGGGGCGCUCACCGCGGCUGCCGCGCUCGCCUCGCCUGGGCCACCGGCGAACCAACAGCACGGGAGGCAGCUCGGGGAGCAGUACUGCGGGUGGCAGUGGGAAAACCCUUUCCAUGGAAAACAUUCAGUCCUUAAAUGCUGCCUAUGCUACAUCUGGCCCUAUGUACCUAAGUGACCACGAGAACGUGGGUGCAGACACCCCGAAGAGCACCAUGACCUUGGGCCGGUCGGGAGGGCGGCUGCCUUAUGGUGUUCGGAUGACUGCCAUGGGCAGCAGCCCUAACAUUGCCACUAGUGGAGUUGCCAGUGAUACCAUUGCAUUUGGAGAGCACCAUCUCCCCCCCGUGAGCAUGGCAUCCACUGUGCCUCACUCGCUGCGCCAGGCCAGGGAUAACACCAUCAUGGACCUGCAGACACAGCUCAAGGAGGUGCUGAGGGAAAACGACCUGCUCCGCAAGGAUGUGGAGGUGAAAGAAAGCAAGCUGAGUUCUUCCAUGAACAGCAUCAAGACCUUCUGGAGUCCUGAGCUCAAAAAGGAGAGAGCUCUGAGGAAGGAUGAAGCUUCAAAAAUCACCAUUUGGAAGGAACAAUAUAGAGUUUUGCAAGAAGAAAACCAGCAUAUGCAGAUGACUAUCCAGGCUCUCCAAGAUGAGCUGCGGAUCCAGCGGGACCUGAACCAGUUGUUCCAGCAGGACAGCAGCAGCAGGACCAGCGAGCCCUUCGUGGCAGAGCUGACAGAGGAGAACUUCCAGCGGCUGCACGCAGAGCACGAGCGCCAGGCCAAGGAGCUGUUCCUGCUACGGAAAACCUUGGAGGAGAUGGAACUGCGUAUUGAGACACAGAAACAGACCUUAAAUGCACGUGAUGAGUCCAUCAAAAAGCUGCUGGAGAUGCUGCAGAGUAAAGGUCUGUCAGCAAAAGCCACUGAGGAAGACCAUGAGCGGACACGACGGUUGGCUGAGGCAGAGAUGCACGUGCACCACUUGGAAAGCCUUCUUGAACAGAAGGAAAAAGAAAACAACAUGCUGAGAGAGGAAAUCCAUCGUCGAUUUGAGAACGCUCCCGACACAGCCAAGACAAAGGCUCUCCAAACUGUUAUUGAGAUGAAGGAUUCAAAAAUUUCUUCCAUGGAGCGUGGCCUCCGGGACUUGGAAGAGGAGAUUCAGAUGCUGAAGUCAAACGGAGCCCUGAGCACAGAGGAACGUGAGGAGGAGAUGAAGCAAAUGGAGGUGUACCGUAGCCAUUCCAAAUUCAUGAAAAAUAAGGUAGAGCAACUGAAGGAAGAGCUAAGUGCCAAAGAGGCUCAAGGGGAGGACCUGAAAAAAAGAGUGGCUGGUCUCCAGACCGAGAUUGGCCAGGUGAAACAGGAGCUGUCACGCAAGGACACCGAGCUGCUGGCCCUGCAGACCAAGCUGGAGACCCUCACCAAUCAGUUCUCUGACAGCAAGCAGCACAUUGAAGUUCUCAAAGAGUCUCUUACAGCUAAAGAGCAAAGAGCUGCCAUCCUGCAGACAGAGGUGGAUGCGCUGCGGUUACGUCUGGAGGAGAAGGAGACUAUGCUGAAUAAGAAGACAAAGCAGAUCCAGGAGAUGGCAGAGGAGAAGGGGACUCAAGCAGGAGAAAUCCACGACCUCAAGGACAUGCUGGAGGUGAAGGAACGCAAAGUUAAUGUUCUUCAGAAGAAGAUUGAAAACCUUCAAGAGCAGUUGAGAGACAAAGAGAAGCAGAUGAGCAGCUUAAAGGAUCGAGUGAAAUCCUUGCAGGCUGACACCACAAACACUGACACUGCCUUGACCACGCUGGAAGAAGCGCUGGCAGAAAAAGAAAAGACCAUUGAGCGUUUAAAGGAGCAGCGUGACAGAGAUGAACGAGAAAAACAGGAAGAGAUCGACAACUACAAGAAAGACAUUAAGGACCUGAAAGAGAGAGUCAGCAUUUUACAAGGAGAUCUCACAGAGAAAGAGACAUCAUUACUGGAUCUUAAGGAACAUGCUUCAUCAUUAGCUUCAUCAGGACUGAAGAAAGAUUCAAGACUCAAGACACUGGAAAUUGCAUUAGAACAGAAAAAGGAAGAAUGUUUGAAGAUGGAAACACAAUUGAAGAAGGCUCAUGAGGCCACCCUGGAGGCAAGGGCCAGUCCUGAGCUGAGUGACCGCAUGCAGCAGCUGGAAAGGGAGGUAACGCGCUACCGGGAGGAGUCCGCCAAGGCUCAGGCUGAGGUGGAUCGGCUUCUGGAGAUCCUCAAAGAGAUGGAAAAUGAGAAGAAUGACAAGGAUAAGAAGAUAGCAGAGCUGGAAAGGCAAGUUAAAGAUCAAAAUAAGAAAGUAGCAAAUCUGAAGCACAAAGAACAAGUGGAGAAAAAGAAGAGUGCACAGAUGCUGGAGGAGGCCAGGAGACGAGAGGAUAACCUUAACGACAGCUCCCAACAGCUUCAGGACAAUCUGCGUAAAAAGGAUGAUCGGAUUGAAGAAUUGGAAGAGGCACUCAGAGAAAGUGUUCAGAUAACUGCAGAGCGGGAAAUGGUGCUAGCACAAGAGGAGUCAGCCAGGAUCAAUGCUGAGAAACAGGUAGAAGAGCUGAUGAUGGCUAUGGAGAAGGUCAAACAGGAACUGGAGUCAAUGAAAGCAAAAUUGUCCUCUACACAACAGUCUUUGGCUGAGAAGGAAACCCAUUUGACCAACCUACGAGCUGAAAGAAGGAAACAUUUGGAGGAGGUCCUGGAAAUGAAACAAGAAGCCCUUCUUGCUGCCAUUAGUGAAAAAGAUGCCAAUAUUGCUCUGCUAGAGCUUUCAUCCUCUAAGAAGAAGACUCAGGAUGAAGUGGCUGCACUGAAACGAGAGAAGGACCGUCUUGUGCAGCAGCUCAAGCAGCAGACUCAGAACCGUAUGAAGCUGAUGGCUGACAACUAUGAGGAUGACCACCUCAAAUCCUCAUCCCAUUCCAACCAAACCAACCACAAGCCCUCCCCUGACCAGAUUAUUCAGCCCCUCUUAGAACUUGACCAGAACCGCAGCAAGUUGAAGUUGUACAUCGGCCAUCUGACAGCCCUCUGCCACGACCGCGACCCCCUGAUCCUGCGUGGACUCACCCCGCCUGCCUCCUACCACCUGGAUGAUGACCAGGCAGCUUGGGAGAAGGAGCUGCACAAGAUGACCCAGGAGCAGCUGCACGACGAGCUGGAGAAGGGGGAGAGGGAAAGCGUGGAGCUGCAGGAGUUCGCCAACGCCAUCCUGCAGCAGAUCGCGGAUCACUGCCCCGACAUCCUGGAGCAGGUCGUCAACGCCCUCGAGGAGUCCUCGUGACCUCGGCCACCAGUCCACAGAGCAGCACACAAGCCCAGGCAGUCCACGGAGCCAUGGGAGUGGAGAGCAGUGUGAGAGACAGAACAUGGAAUGGAAACUUCUGGUGCAC